AUGACAACCUCCGUCGCCUCCAAACGCCUCUUCCAAGAAUACAAACAUCUCACCCAAGACCCACCCGAUGGCAUCACCGCCGGCCCCGUCGAAGAAGAUGACCUCUUCGUCUGGGAAGCGCUGAUCGAAGGGCCCGAAGGCACUCCCUACGAAGGCGGCAUNUUUCCUGCCGAACUCAAGUUUCCCAAAGACUAUCCUUUGAUGCCGCCAACCAUGAAGUUUCUCUGCGAUAUCUGGCAUCCCAAUGGUAUGUUCCCGCUACCCAAAGCAGCUCAACGUCUGAGAUUUUGUACUGAUGAAAAGGCGCANGUUUAUCCCAAUGGUGUUGUUUGCAUCUCUAUCCUCCAUCCUCCUGGCGACGACCCUAAUCACUACGAACACGCCUCGGAACGCUGGAGCCCCAUUCAGAGUGUAGAGAAGAUCUUGAUCAGUGUUAUGAGCAUGUUAGCCGAGCCAAACGACGAGUCGCCUGCCAACGUGGACGCAGCAAGAAUGUGGAGAGAGAGAAGAACAGAGUUCGAAAACAAGGUCAAGCAAGAUGUCAGAAGAUCUUUGGGACUUUGA